AGCCCACACUGGCUGUAGGUAAGCUCAACCCACCUCACACAGGACACAAUUCUGAGAGGUCACAGCUCCGCGACUCAACGCGACUCAACUCUCGGCUUUAUAUUUCAAGGGGGUUUUUGUGCCCAAAUUGGAGUUCUUACGUCAUUUUUAUGGAUAAAGAACAUUACAUGAUUUGACCGAUAAAUGGAGAACGGACCGGAGGAGUUUCGUGGAGCUACACGGCAACAACACGGCGGAAAAGGUCGCAGUGGCUUGUGAAGCUACAGGUAGGAGCCGUUAUGCGACGUUAAGCUAGCGAGCGGAAGAGUGGGUCUUCCGGGCCAGGAGCAUGACUGAUCAGCCGGAGCAGAGCGAAGAAACGGGCCUGCUCUCAACACAGGACCUGGACCACUCCAAGGACGACGACACACACGGCCACUUCAGGUUUCACCUGAUUGAAGACCUGUCCUAUGAAGAUGUGAAGAAAUGUUACCGGGGCUCGUGUGUGUCUUGCAGCGGCUUGCUCCAGGCCUUGGAUGUGCGCGAGUGUGUGUGUGUGUACGGUGCCAACGUGCUGAGCCUGGUGCAGAGCUCGCGCCCUUUGAGGGAGAGGGUGGUGUCUGCGGCGAGUGGAGCCAGAGUGGCCGGUGGUGGCGGAGUGGCGGGUUGCGCCGGUGGUGCUGUGCAGGCAGGCCGGUCUGCUAAGGAGAUGCUCAUGACUCUGCCCUGUCCCUCUGCACAGACUGUCAGCAAGUACAACUCGCAGUACCACAAACUGUUCCAGUGUGUGCCCAAGGAUGAGAUCCUCAUGAAAGUGUACUCCUGUGCUCUUCUCAGAGAUAUUCUUCUACAAGGCCGGCUCUAUAUUUCCAGAAACUGGCUGUGUUUCUAUGCCAACCUCUUUGGCAAGGACAUUAAGGUGGCUAUCCCUGUUGUUUCCGUGAGGUUGGUGAAGAAGCACAAAACAGCGGGCCUUGUGCCCAAUGGCUUGGCUAUAACCACGGACACUGGCCAGAAGUAUGUAUUUGUAUCUCUGCUGUCAAGAGACAGUGUAUAUGACGUCCUCCGUAGGAUCUGCACUCACCUACAGGUCAAUGGGAAGAGUCUGAGCUUGAAGCAGUUCAUGGAGAAGCCGACCUUAUCGCUGGACGAGUUCCCAGUUCCGGACGAGUUCCCAGUGGUUGACGAAUUCCCAUCAGUGUUAAAGUGGAGAAGGAAACCCUCAGUGGUGUCUGUGUCGUCCUCCCUUCCUGACCUCCUGGGGAACUCCCCCAGCAGCCUGAGCGCCGUAGACACACCCUUCAAAUCAGAACAGCAGCUGGAAGAGCGAGCUCUGCAAACAGACAGAGGUCUUUUUUCAGAGCCACUGGCAGAGCUGGGCCAGAUGGAGUACCAGCUGCUGAAGUUCUUCACCCUGCUAAUCAUUCUCCUCAUCCUGUCAUCGUGCUACCUGGCCUUUCGUGUGUGCAGUCUGGAGCAGCAGCUGUCCUUCCUCAGUAACCCAAAUCUGCCCCUGAGAGAGAGGUAACCACUGAUCUCAGCUGUGACCCAUUGGAUUAGCGGCUGUUUUCUCUUCUCAUGCUUUGGGCUGAUGAUGCCCUCCUGCACAUAUCCAGGACCAGCUUUAGAGCCCAGAAAAGAUAAACCCCUGCACCCGCCGCGAAACAUGAAGGAGCAACAGUAACCCGAGUCCAGGCAUCUUACAGACCUUCCCCUCCGCGGAAUGACUUCUGAUUUAGUGAUCACUUCCAGACUAUGCAAACAGACUGUUUAUUUAUUUAUGAAUUUAAAGUAGGUUUUUACUGUAGAUUAUGAUUGUCUACCAUUGCCUAUCCCUCUCACAGACAUUUCAUCUUUACCUACACGAAAGUGUAAACCUCAAUACCCUAAAAUAGUGAGCCGCUUGCAGUUGAAGCUGCUGUUUGUGACACUGAUGAAGUGUAAGGAGUGGUGAUGGAGACUAGAGGUGGAGUUGGAGGAUGGAAAGGUAAGAGAUAAUUCAACACAUUAAUUACUUGAAAAGACAGAUAGUAAAGAUAUUUCAGGUGUGUUAAUAUCCAACAUAUUCUGACUGACAAGUGGACUAAACCAAAUGUUUUUUUUUCUUCUGGUGAGAUCUUGGCAUAGCCCCAUAGACUGUCAUUGUUAUUUUUUUACAGUCUAUGCAUAGCCCUCAGUCAGACGGCUAAAACAAGCUACGACAAUGCACUUUUUUUAGUCAUAUUUCAAAUGUAUGUAACAGUUUUAAGAGUUUAGAUCUAUUUUUUGUGCUAGGUAAUAGGUACCCGAUUGUCAUUUUUGAGGGUAUUUAUGGAAGAAAGUCCUGCUGUGACCACAGACACUUGACUGAAUGGAGUUACCUGUCAUUUAACUGUAAUAUACUGGAGCGUUAACACCACCUGUGGGUGUUAACUAUAAUGUGAAUGAGAUGGUUAGGUGACAUGCAUACUUUUUGUUUUUAGUUGUACUGAUCAGCUGUGUAAUUUAAGUUUUUUUUACAUUAUACAUUUCAAAAGAAGUCACCAAAAACUUAGAAAUGAUAACGUUAGGAUGAUUAUAUCUUUGUCUGAAGAUAUUUAAUGAACUUUGCAGAGAUGGGUGAAAUGUUGUCCCAGACUAGUUUGUGAAAUUGAAUGAAUUAAAUUGGCGACAAAAUGUAGAUACACAAAAA